AUAAUUGUCUUGACUGUCUUUCUACCACCAUCUACAGAGCUGGUCAAGUACAGCAGAACAAGCCAAAUGCACAUAUGCAAUUAUCUCACAACAAGCAGCGAUACCUUCUGUGUUCGCCGCUCUAAUAAUUGUCCUGAUGCACGCAUCGCAUCGCAGGCUCGUAAGGAGCUAGAGGUCGCCCAACAAAUGUUGGAGAAUCCUACGGCGAGUGGUAGAACUAUCAGGGUCCAACAAAAUGUCGUCCAGACCUUAAAAUCGGUUCUCUCGUCCUUGAGAUGCCUCCCACCAGAAAUCCUCCUCGAGAUAGCCUUUUACUUCAAGGAUGAAUAUCCAUGCCACAAAACCGAGAGUCCUUUGUGGCGUUUCUCCCGUGUUUGCAAGAAAUGGAGAGCAGUAGCUCUAUCCUCCAAACAGCUUUGGACGACGGUCAUCAUUGACUCAUACGUGAUGUAUUCAGACUAUCCCCUCGAGGGAGGGGCGGAGAACGACAUUCUUGCUGAAUACUUACGGAGGUCAGGAGAUGCCCCUCUCCAAAUCCGUGCUAAAUUCGAGGGUAUCUAUGACGUCGACAUUACCAUCCAGCGAAAGCUCAUUAACAUCCUUAUCUCGCAUUCUCAUCGCUGGAAAACUCUUCAUUUCACCGCUUCCGACUAUCUCUGGCCUGAGAUGCGUCAUAUCCGAGGGCGUAUUCCCAUCCUAGAGUGCAUUACUUGUAUCUCUCUGUUCGAAUCGGAGCUACCGUCACAGGAACGUGAUAAGUUCUUCCCAAUAUUCUCUGAUGCUCCCAUGCUGCAAAGCGUUGACGUUAUGAUGGACGAGCCGAUACCGUUUAUCCUUCCCUGGAACCAGCUAACACAUUACCGGGACAACUAUGAUGGCCUCAGGUCCCGUCGGGGUCUAGAGGACCAGUUCUUUAGGGGCUAUGAGCGGCUUCGCGAGUGCAGCAUCCUUUCGAGGACCCCCGCUAUGAGCACCUCGCAGUCUCUACUUCCUGACCUAAACUCCUUGGUCCUAGCGUCCCCCGCUUCGCUAAAGACCAUCACUGCACCCGCCCUCCAAUCCCUAAUGCUUUACUACAAGAAACCUAGACGCGCCGCAGAAACUAUCGUGGUCAAUAUGAACGUCAUCUCUCAUUUCAUCUAUCGUUCGUCAUGCUCUUUGACGGUGCUCGUUCUGUCAGGGAACGUCAAUCCGGAACAUGAUAUCAAGGGUGAUGAUCUCGUUCCCCUGCUGGAGGCAUGCCCUCGAUUGGUGCAGUUGCAUGUGUAUGUCGUGGAUCUGCAGGCACAUUUCCUUCAGUGCCUGACGCUAUCCCCUACGUCAGGUGUUGUUCCUAUGCUGGCAGACCUAACACUGGACGCCUCUUCCCUUCUGGCUCCUAAUAUCGGUUUCCUCUUAUCCGUGCUGGAAAGUCGUCUUAGAGAGUCAACAGUGUUACGAGAAGUCUCGGUUAAAGGCCCAAGUACCGUUAUCAUACCAGACGACCUCCUCGGCCGCUUCAUAUCAUUGCGGCAGAGUGGCUUCCGGCUUCAUAUUGGUGUACAAGAUAUGGAUGACUUUAAUUGUGAGUCCCUUCCAGCGUUUUAGGGAAUAAAUUUCUUAUUUAACUGAUUCAUCGGCCAAGAUCUCGAGAGAAUGCAGCGUUGGCGGGAUGGCUGGAUCUAAGAUGGGCGAUGGCUACGCUGCAGUAGAACCACGCAUCUAUCUAACAUAUGUGUAUCCAGUCCAAAUAUAUGAGCCAUCCUUAUUCUUUUUUCAAGUGCCUCA